GCAGAAAAAUAUACAUAUUUAAAAAAUACAAAUAGCAGAAAAAAUGCGUAACAUGCGCUUAAAUGUUCUGAACGAGCAGAACGUUUUGAUACCAGAAUGGACAAAGAAAUAGCUUCUUUUGCUUCUAAUAACUUCUGGCAGGCUGUACAGUCUGAAGUUCUUAAUCACAGUUGAGUUUCUUCGAAGUUUGUCAAAGAAGUAGCGGAGUAUUAUAUUGACAUCACAAACACAGCACAGACAUGACAUCAUCCAGUUUUGCAAACAAUGUAAGAAAUGAUCAAAGGGGUGUUCCGCUGAGAAGUUAUGGUAGGUUACAGACAACUAUUUACUCUGUUUGUUUACAAAGAGGACUACACUUCUGUACAUCAAAUGUUCACAGAAAAGUGACGUCACAUUUGUCAGUUAACAUACUGAAUUAUCCAAGGAGCUCAACAGCAGCAAACACCAUGUUUUUACCAAACCUGAGCUCGCAUGUUUUAGCUCAAGGAGAAAGCAGAGCACUGCCGUCUGUAUAUAACUCACAAACUAUGUAUUCAGAGGCAGAGUACUUGGGCAGCGACGUGAACCAGGCCAGGGUUGCUUUGUACUUCAUCCAACAACAGCUGCUUGAACUGACGAGAGAGUGCGACUUCAUACUCACCAACAAUCUCGUCGGCAUCCACUUUUUCAUGGAGCUGCAAGAUAAAUUGGAGAAGGUUCUCCAUGAGACUCGUGCUGCCUGGAAUCCUCCCGUCAAAAAACCAGAGAUGAGUGACUUUGAAAUAAUGAACACUAUUGGCAAUGGCGGCUUCGGCACUGUCAAAGUUGUGACUCACAGCGACACUGGCCAGAAGUUUGCCAUGAAAAUCAUCGAUCGGCAGACACUGACCAGAAAGAUAGAUGUGAAGCAUGUGCUGAUGGAACGAGACAUCCUCACAUUCAUUGACAACCCCUUUAUUGUCUCACUGUUUUGCGCAUUUGUAACACAGACAGAGCUGUGCAUUGUGAUGGAGCAUGUAGCAGGUGGGAGCUGUGGCACCCUGCUUAAUCAAGUCAAAGUUCUUCCUGUGAACAUUGCACGUUUUUAUACAGCAGAGGUUGUCCUGGCUCUGGAGUACCUGCACAGCUUUGGUAUCUUACACGGAGACCUCAAACCAGAAAACCUGUUGCUGACUUACACAGGUCACAUUAAAGUAGCAGAUUUUGGGCUUUCCAGGAUCGGUCCAGUGAAGAUUACAGCAGACAUAAAUGGAGAACAUAUUUUGAAUAUUGUUCAAGAGUUCACUGAUGGACUGGUUGUAGGUACUCCCAUGUACACUGCCCCAGAAAUGAUCCUGGGGAUCUCCUAUGGGAAGCCUGCAGACUGGUGGUCUGUGGGCAUCAUUCUGUACGAGUUCCUGGUUGGUUCCUGCCCUUACCGAGGGUACCGGUUUAAAGACGUCUUAUAUGACGUAGUCACAAAAGACAUCACCUGGCCACAGAAGAAAAGGGCUGUACCAGCUGAUGCCCAGGACCUAAUCACCACACUUUUAAACACUGAUGCGAUCAGUCGCCUGGGAACGCGAGGAGCCAUUGAGCUUAAGCUCCAUCCGUUUUUCCAGGAUGUGGAGUGGUACAAUCUCCUGGAUCAGGACCUUGCAUUUUACCCCCAGGAGGACCUGAGGAACCUGGUUCCGAAUUAUGAAGACCAGUCUGACACAUAUUCCGAGUCAUGUUACACUGAUUCCAUCAAUGACACCACGGAUGAAUACAGCACCUCUGAUGAAGAGGAGGUCACUGACGACUGGUUCACCUUUGAGCUCCAGUACUUCUGCUCCGUGCCUUACCGCUUUAAAGAGGUGUACGGCAGCCCAUCGCCACUCUCCUAUACACUGGGUUAGCAGAUCUGCCAUCCACACAAGCGAUACACAUGAAGGUGCAGGAAGAGGACGAGCAGGAGGAGAAAAGGAGGCUACUGAAGGCUUUUUGGAGGAGGAAGACUUAAAAGAUGAUGACAAUGACAACAGCCUUUAUGAUGUAACCAAUGACAUUAGUUGGGUUAUCCAUUUCCAUGGAGAGUAGGAAGGAAGAGGAGGAGGUUAAUCUUAAUGCAGAGGAUGGUCCCAAAAAGAGAAAAUAUCUCUGGGUCAAAGAAGCAUGAUAGAAAGGCAACAGUAACCUAAAUAACCAAUUGGUAUAACCAAUUUAUACAGAAGACCAACAGGUCAAACCUUGAAGCCACUGGGCCAGAGCACUGGACACUUUAUUUUAUUUGGUGCACACGAUACCUAAAGAAGUGGCUGCUGUGUGUAUAAUAGGUUAUAUUAAAGUGGGAAGUGCAAGGGUGUCUCAUCAAUAUGGGAAGGCCUUGUGUCUCCACGGUGUUUCUUCCCAUGUGAGAGGUGGACUCAGAUAAUUAUGUCAUAAAAAGUCCUCUCUGAGAAUUUAGCACAAUGCUAUUGUCUUUGUGGUCUUGUAGAGUGCCCCGAAAAGCAAAUCUGUUCACUAACAAACGUUUGGGCCAAUUGCUUGCCUUGUGCAGGGCCCACUGUCAUCAUUUGUGA